UGGGCCAUCGUCGCGCUGGUGUAUCUAGCAGACGACAUGUUAGCUACAGGGAGCACCUCGUCUCGGACGUUUUUCCCGUGAAGAGCUUCCUCGGGAUUUCUUGAGUGAAGACCUCAAACGGUGAGGUGAGAAACCGGGGGGGGAAAAGAAAGAGUGUGUGACAGAGAGAGAAGGUCAUCUCUCGCGGGUGUGCGUACGGAAGAGUGAGAAGUGUACGCGUGUCCAGUGCUGUGUUGGGUGUCAUUAUUAAAAGUCUCUUCAACCAAGGACCUCGGGGGCGGGGGGGAUUGAAAGAUCGUAUCUGAUCCGAACAAGCCCCCGACGAGAGGAUCGCGAAUAAAUAUCAUCCGGGAUCCUUAAAAAAAAAAAAAAUCGUCGUCCUCAAGUUUUUACAUGUACUAAUAAGAAUUUAGAGUUUGUAGUCCAUGUUUGUGUACUCCGUCCCGGCCUGUCACUGCUAUACUCUUUACGUCUCGGGACGUGCCACUAUCAAUCAAUUUUAACUUGUCUUUAAGGGUAGUGGCUGUGGACAAACGGCAAAAUUUCUUUCCCUUCUAAAAAAAAAAGAUUCGAAAUUAUCCUUGAAUUUUGAAUCCUUUCCAAACUAGUUUCGAACAUUAGUUUUGAAGAAAUUGAAAAUUGUUGGAUCAAUUCACCGGUGAAUUGGUGAUCAGCUGAGAGAGCAGGAAGACGAGAACGAGGAUCAAAAAAAAAAGAAAAAAAAGAAGGUAGGGAGUGAGCAAUCCCUAUAACGAUCGACCCUCGGCCUGCCUCGCGAGUGACGAAUCAAUCGACGAGGUGGGCAGGUGUCGGCCUGUGUGUGGUGUGGUCGCCCUCUUGGAAACGGAGCAAAACGGAGGAACGAGGAGCUGGUGCGGCUGCUGCACGCGGCACGGUUUCGCCAAAGGGAGACAAGGAGUGACGAAGAGGUGAGGCGAGGAGAGGAGAGACGUGCUGUUCAGUGAAGUUAUGUGAGCCGUGAGUGCCACAUUGUGAGAGGGUGAAUAAAGCCGGUGGGUUAAAGGGGGGUUUACGCUACAAAAACCCUUGGCAGAGAGAGAGAGAGAGAGAGAAAGAGGUUAGGAUUCCUGAAGGAAUAACUAUUGCCCUGCUUGCCCCGCAGUUGGGUAAGAGAGAGAAUCCAAUUUCUGAAGAGAGAGAAACACGGAACCAAAAAGGAAAAUACGAUUGAGGAAAACGGAUAGUGAGAGAGAUAAUAUCAAGUGUGAAAAGAAGAGAGAAAAAACGGAUGUGUUGACUGAAGUGCAAGAGGGAAGGGGGAGUGUUUUUGUGAACGGUCGAGUUACGGGGGUUGAUCGUGGUAAGUUGAGAGUGAAAAGGGGAAGUGCGAGAGAGAAAAAGAUAGUAGAAGAAGGUGAUAGUGAAGUGGGUGGAGGUGGAGUGCGAGGGAAGGGCAGAAGGAAGAGGCGAAGGGGGCGCGUUUCUCUCGUGUGUCAUGGGGUGUUUCGGCAGCCAGAGCAGCAAGGCCAGCCAGGAUGACAGCAAAAGCCAAAAGAGGCGCUCGGAUGCGAUUUCGAAGCAAUUGCAGAAGGAUAAGCAGGUGUACAGGGCAACACAUCGGCUUUUAUUACUUGGUGCGGGAGAGUCGGGAAAAAGCACAAUCGUUAAACAGAUGAGGAUAUUACACGUCAAUGGAUUUAGUGAACCUGAAAAACGACAAAAAAUCGAGGAUAUCAAGAAAAACAUCAGGGACGCAAUCCUGACGAUAACAAGUGCUAUGAGUACGUUAACGCCACCUGUAACAUUGGAAGAUCCUGCGAAUCAAAGUAGAGUCGAAUAUAUCCUCGAAGUCUCGUCUUCCCCUGACUUCGAUUAUCCCUCGGGUUGCCACGAGUCAGGGAUAUCGAGGAAAAAUCAGGGAAAUUCAGAGAAAUGUCAGGGAUAUCAGGAAAGUCAGGAAAAAGACAAUGAAUUUCUUUACAAGGAGUUUUAUGAAAUCGUUGAAAAUCUUUGGAGGGACAAAGGUGUUCAACAAAGCUUCGAGAGGAGUAACGAGUAUCAGCUCAUUGACUGCGCCAAAUAUUUCCUAGACAAAGUAGCCAUCGUAAAACAACCUGACUACACGCCAACGGAACAGGAUAUUUUAAGAUGUCGUGUCCUCACAUCCGGUAUUUUCGAGACACGGUUUCAAGUUGACAAAGUAAACUUUCACAUGUUUGACGUUGGAGGCCAAAGAGAUGAGAGAAGAAAAUGGAUACAGUGCUUCAACGACGUGACGGCAAUCAUAUUCGUUACAGCUUGUAGUAGUUACAACAUGGUGCUUAGGGAAGAUCCAACAAAAUUAAGACUUCGUGAGAGUCUUGAUUUGUUCAAAAGUAUCUGGAAUAAUAGAUGGCUUCGCACAAUUUCCGUUAUUUUAUUCUUAAACAAGCAAGAUCUACUUGCGGAAAAGGUAAAAGCGGGAAAGCACAAAUUAGAGGACUACUUUCCAGAAUUUGCAAGGUAUCAAACGCCAAUUGAACCUGGAGUUGUAACGGACUCGACGGAGCCUCCGGAUGUCAUACGGGCCAAGUACUUUAUUAGAGACGAAUUUCUCCGUAUAAGUACAGCAAGUGGUGAUGGAAAACACUAUUGUUAUCCACAUUUCACGUGUGCCGUAGACACAGAAAAUAUAAAGCGAGUGUUCAACGACUGUCGUGAUAUCAUUCAACGGAUGCACCUACGCCAAUACGAACUCUUGUGACUUCGUUUCCGUCAACGUGUCCUCCCACCUGUCCAUCUUGUUACUAUUAACGUGCGUCGACUUGAUUUGCGUUGCCAAGUAAGGUAUAUUUGCUAAAAUUCGAAUUUUAAUGAAUUCCUAAUCGUUACAAAAAAAGGCAUUCUAUGGGCAUCGCAUAUUCAUUCGUUAAACAUCAGAUAAAGAAAAAAAAAAGAGAGAGAGAAAAAACAAAUCUUCUUUGCCACAAGUGUUGUGUGCGUCAAGGUUAUGCAUCACUAACAAGUAACAUUUAAGAAAGUGCCAUUAAAGUUGACUUUUCUGAAAGUUUCUCUAAAAAUUUCUAAUUCAUUUCCAUCUUUAUUUUAUAGAAAAAAAAAGAUUUAUUUCCCAAAAGAAAAGGAAAGCUCUGCUUUUUUCAGAAAAAUCAACAAUAUGACACGUGAUAGUUACUUGUAAGUCGAGAUUUGAGACUGGUUGUUGAGUUUAAGAAAAAAAAAAAUUAGUGGCUCCGAAGUUAGUAGCAGAGUCCACGAUGUCCAAAAAAAAAAAUCCUCUCUCCGAUUCAUUUCUUUAAAGGGUAUGCUGAUUUUUGGAAAAAUUUUCAGUUAAUUUCGUUUGUCACAAAUUAUUAUUUUCAUGCGUCAGAAUGCUCACGAUUAAAGUGUGAAAGAUUGUUUGUUUCAGCAUACUCUUCAAUUCCCCAUUUAGAAAUAAACUCCAAGUAGCGAUCCUUCGUGAAUUAUAGUAGUACGAAUAAUUGAACAUUUUUAGAAAUCUGAAGAAUGUCCUUUAUCCGAAUAAAAAUCGGAAUCUCAUUUUUGUUGUAAACUAUAUAAUGAUCUGCUAGUAAUCUUUCUUGAGAAUGCUUUCCAACUUUUGCCGAAUCUCGAAUUUUUAUCGUUAAAACAAAAAUAAGACCCUUGUCCCCCUAAAAACAAAAAAAAACUCCAAAUGAAACACAAUUCCCCGAAAAAAUAGGGAAAUUCAGUCGCAAUCUUUUUACGAGAAGAGUAUUUUGUGAGAUUUUACAGUAUUUCGAAAAGCGUUUUAAUUGUACACAACUUAUGUACCGAUUUAUGUACAACAGGUGACCACUGACUCAGACUUCUUUUUUACGUUUACACUGCUAUCGAGAUUUCGGAUUCUUCGAUCAAAAAUUACUUUCAAGAUAAUUCAGCUAGAAGAUAAAAAAAAAAUAUUAAAUAGUAAAUUUUUUACUAAAUAGGAUUCUAUCAAAUUAUUUAAGUUUAUUAAUUAAAUUCUUUAAAUGAAUUUUAUUUAAUAAUUUACAUAUAAAACACAUUUUUGCUAUUGGGGAGAAUUGUUUUAUAGAAGUAUCGUCAUUUAAUUCCGUUUUGUUUGAAAUUUAGACGAAUUUAAAAAUUUGAAGUGGAUCAGCUGUUUUAUUCGUCCGCCGACAUUUUGUUUCUAGUAAUUCUUAGAAGUGACGGAAUACGGCGCGAAAAAGUUUCUAGAUUUGAAAAACUUUUUUGUAUUUUUCCUUAAAAUACAAAGUACUUUUACAAAAUUGAAUAUAUUUUCUCUCCGUGUAGGUGAAUUAUCUUAGCUUUCAAUCAAAAAGUAGUGUUGACUGAAGAAAUUUUAUUUGAAAUUUAAAACAAAAACGAGUUUCUUUUCUAAAAGGUUGACCCACUCCCGAGGAGGGUACCUGAGAAGCAAACGAAUUUUAGGUUAUGUUUGCCUCAGAUUUCUAUUGAUUAAAAGUUAAUUUUUAUUUAAUUUGAAACCUAUUUUGGACCUAAAAAUUUAAAAAUCUGAUUUCUAAUUCUAAAAUUGAUAUUUUUACUCCAAAAAUUGUAAACAUAACCUAAAAUUUCAAUUUUGAAGUUUGACCCUAAAAUUUAAAAUUUCUUCCUCAUCUUUCUUGGGAGCGGAUCAAAAAUACUUUUAUUUGCGACUUUCUGCUAAAAAUAGACUGAAAUCUCGAAUUUUUUUUUGUCAAAACGUUGAAGAAAGCACAAAAAACAAUAUUCUUACUGGCCAACCCUGUACAUGACGAGUCCCCACAACACUUUCCUACUGUAUGUCCUUUUUUUAUCAAAUCUAACAUUUCAUUUUCGCUGAAAGAAGUAAAAGAACAAUAUUCACGUGCGUGAACUUCUUAUUAUUGGUUCGCGUGUAUGAACGCGAAGGACAAAUCAAAAUUCAAACAUGUUCGCCUCGAUUUAAAAAAAUUUCAAAAUUUUUUUCUCAACAAUUUUUUUUUACCCCCGUUUUCUUUUGUCACAUCACACACGUGAACAAUUGAAGAAAUUAAAAGAAAAUCACGCAUUGAAUAAACUCCGAAAGUGAGUUAUUCAAAAAAAACUAAUGUAAUAUUUACAAUUUAUAUAUUAGGCAAAAAUGAGAGUUCAACGUCAAAUUAAAAAAAAAAAAAAAAAAAAAA